AAAUCAUUCGAAACAAUCAUUUCAAAUGUGCUUUCCUAGCCCGAUUGGUCGUUAAUUCGCGAAUUUUGUUGAAAAUUUCAUCAACUGUACAAAAAAAAACAGUUAUAUUCUUUUCUUCUAAAGAAAUCGAAAUGUAGGCACACUUCCAUAAUCGGUCCAUUCUAGUGAAACUAUUCAUUUUUCAGACACCAUGAAAAAAAUUAUCGCGAUUCUUCUACUACUGCCGCUGAUAACAGCAGGUGCCGAUACCAAUACCAAUACCACUUCCGAUUUCAUGGCAAACUACACUAUAAUUCCUGAGCACGACGUUACAUAUUCUCUAGUAAAUGCAAUAAAAGAAAUGACGAUAACUCAAUUCGCUCCUAACGGUACUCAAAUAUCACCCUCAAAAAUAUCACAAUCUGAGAGAAAGGACAAAAACAGACGAUCAACUUACAAUUUUAAAUCCGAAAAAAUAAUGUAUCGCCUAGAGAUGACCUGGGAUUACGAUGCCGCUUUGAUGAACUUUGCAAAUUACAUCGGGCUAUCACUGAAAGGCAUGAAAGUGCAAGGGACCUGGAAAUACAAACCAAUAAGUGACCAAGCAGCGUGUACUGGCAAAAUGGACAGAACAUUCAGCGAUAUAGAUUCAUUAUUAGACAUACUUCUGAAAUUCAGCAUAAACAACACAGCCGCAGCCAAAAACGAAAUCAAAUCAGAUGAAUUAUUUCAGAGUAUUGCGCCAGAUCAAAACUGUAAAGAUGAGAACGCCAACGUAUCUAAAGCGGUGGUGAGUAAAAAUCUCGAGGACAAAUCCUACCUGAAGAUAUUAACCAUGGCGUUAGAAGUGAUCCCUUCAUUAUACGAUGGCAAUGCAAAUGCGGAACUAAUCCCGAAAGCAGGCGAUUCUUACGCGUAUUUCAUAAACGAUAACGAUACUACAUCUGGAUACAAUGACGAGGUGAUGAUUCGAGGAUUGCAUCAAUUGAAAAAAAUCACCGUUCAGUAUCCUGAUUACGGACAAGUGACGAAUGCUUCCGAAUUCAAAAUACCAAUGUGGAGAGCCAAUUUGAGCUGGUUUCGCUGCAACGAAAAAGAAAGGCCAAUGCACAUGGAUGUCGAAACCGAGUACUUGAUUUUAAAAGGGAACAUUAGCGGGGCAAUCGGUAACCUGGGCAUCGAGUUUAAUCUGCCAGACACGAUAACUAUCAAUGGAUAUUCGAAAAAAGUUGAAGCUGAAGAUAAAACUAAACUUAAAGAACUCCAUGUUCUGAUCAGAGAUGUCAUAAAUCAAACGUCGCCUCAAAAAGAAUCAAUGUUGCAAUAUAACAUCAAUUCCCCUCUGAUUCAUACCAUCACACAAAUAACACGUUCCUUCAAUAAUAAAAUUUUCACGAACAGUACCAAAAGUUGGAGUUCGAGUAGCAAUCCACGUAGAAAUAGCUUUAGCAACUUAGAAAUAACACCAACACCUCCAUUCUCCACAUCGAAUAUUGCAGUAUGCAAAUUUAACAACACUCUGCGAAUCAAUUUGUUCAAUUACGAAAAAAUAAUCGGUCGUGGUGACAAUUGUAAUGAAUAUGGAAGAAUUAGUCAAUCAAAAAAUGUCACCCAAAACUGUACGUUCCAAAUAUUCAUCAGAGAACCAAGUAUCUCAGCAAUUCACAAAUCAACGGAGGGCCCUUCUACCGAACUGAAACCCAGUGGAAAAAAUUUAUUAAUGUUCAAUUUCACGGCGAAACAUCCUAACAAAGACCGAAGAGGAGAACUAGGUAAAGCAUUGAACGAGGCGUUCACGGAGACAAUAAGAAAUCGUAUUGCAGGCGUUGCAACUCCGCCUGAAAUGCCAGACAUUUGUAAACAACCUUUCAAAAAUGCUACAGAAAUUUACACGUGGUUUUUACCGGAUCAACGCGAACGAGAGUAUUAUUUUGCCGUAGACGACGAGUAUAUAGAUCCUACAAAUUUUUCAUCCGAGCUGAAAUUAAUCGACAUAAUGAUAAAAAACAUGACAAAAUUUGAAUCCGUCGAAGUUCGAUAUUUAUCCGACGAUGUGACCAAUUUUAAUUUAUCGAUAAGAAAUGUUUCGGGAAACAUGAUACAAGCUGGAAAUGGAAAGGAGCCUGCAGAAUUGAACUUCACAAUGGAUCUUUUCCAGUUGAUUAUGAAUUAUAGUACAAUUGAAAACCUAACCGAUGUGAAAGUGCAAACGAAUGGAUUUAAAGUGAAGUCAUUCAUUAGGCCUAAUGAAAGUUUAAUACGGGGAGUAUUCGAAAAAACUACGGCAGAUUUCAUGAAGAGAGUCUUCGGUAGUAAUCAAACCAACGAGAAACCGUCGCCGCCGGCUGCAUCGCGCACACAACCGAAAAAUCAACUUUUCGAUGCAAAUAGAAUUGAUUAUCUGAAUGCAACGUACAAUAUUGCUAAUCACGCAGCUCAGUCCAUCGCAAACAUUUUAUGGGAUUUUCAUAACAACACAGAAAACCAAACAUCUGAAAGUAAUGCAACCAAAUUAAAUAACUUCGAAAAUGGACUUCAAGGCUACAACUUGACCAAUACAUCGAUGGAGUAUACUAUUCUUGGUAUUCAAAACGAGACGUGCGAUUUCGAGAAGAUAUUCCGAGCGAAUUACGAAGAUAUUCAUGUUGUUUUGAAAGGAUCUAUCACCACAACAAAUAUAUCGAAGAAAUGCUUUCCAUUCAGUUUGCUUAUUAGCAGUUUAAGUAUUUCGAGGGAAAAGGACGAUACAAAUUUUCAAACGGAAAUGAGUUUUGACGAUAAACGGAUUUUCGUCAAUACUAGCAAUACUGACAUUGAUUCAAGCGAUAGGACAAUUAUGAAACAUAUCAUAAGAGAUUACGUGGAACCGAAGAUUAAAGAAAAAAUCGACCAGAGCUGGCGCUUCUCAGGUCUUUUCAAUACCUGCAGGGAUUCAGUUAAGGAAAUAGUCAAAACUAAAGCCGAACCGGAAAAUUAUUUCUACCUGAUAUCAAGUCCGAACCAUACCCAAACCUUUCACUUACCACUGCGGAUAAACUACAUCGCGAUUUGGGGCUUCUCUAAUUUCCAUUCAAUCGAAACUACCAAAGUUCGUAACGGUACGACAUUUCAAUUUGUCGUUAAGAAUUUAGUAGCUCGCGUCAAUUGGUCGUUUCAUUAUGCAGAUAAUACAUGGUCGAAUUCUACGCAUAUAAUGGAUUUACACGCUGGCUCUAUCUCAUUAGCUGGAAAAAUCAAUAAGAUUACUUCGGAAUUGACGUGGGAGAAAACACGUCUCAUAUUCAAAAUUUUAAUGCUACCGCCUCCAAAAAAGAAAACGAUAACGGAAGAAAAAAUUAUGCAUAAAGUGAAUGAAACGAUGUUAUCUCACAUCAAGACAUCCAUCGAAAACAGUUUCAAUUCAAUUCCCAAAAAAUAAUCAACUUGAGGAUAUUGGACUAGCAGAAAGAUAUUAAUUUGUUUUCUAAUUCAAUUCACAUACACACAUUUUCAGAUAAAUAUCUAUACUGGAUGAAUCAAGAUGUACCCACUACCUAUAACUUUCCAAUAAUUCUAUUUAUUUCGAGUUUAAUCACAUUUUUAAUUUGAUGCAGAAAAAAUAAAUAGGUAAGGUAGGUACAUGCACAUACACGCGCGCCAAGGGAUGGUACCAAAAAAAAAUUGGUGUUAAGUUAAGCUUAAAUUAGGUUUAUCAAUAUUUUUUACAUUAAAAUAAGUGAACUAGGUACUCUAUUCGAUUGACUUGUUGUAGAACUCAACUAAAGCCGAAUUUUCGGGAAUACCUUUUAUCUUCUACAAAAAAGGUCCAAUGAGUGGGUACUCUUUUUUUUUAUUCAGUUAUGGAAAAAGAUAAAAUUAUUGGUCACAUAUAUAUAAUAAUAAUACUGACCUUUUCUUUCCAAUAUUAUUUUCAACUUCUCUGGUAAAAUUAAAUCUUCUGAGUAUGUAAGAGAGGGUCAUUUUAUUUAUUUAUUUAUUUAUUUUUUUGAAAUUUAGUCGUACCCAGAAAAAUAUAAUUGAAAAUGACCUCGAUAAGACGUAGGACAAACUUCACAUUUUCAGCUCAAUGCCUAACCCCGCUUAUCCUCCCGACCAGAGCUCAAAAUUUUAAAAAUUUGAAAAUUUUCCAUACGUUUCGAAAAAAAAACCAAUUUUUUUCAUGGUUGAGCUGAUCUUUUGAUAAAUUAUAGUUGUUCAAUUCCAAUCAUACUAUCUGAAGGAAAGAGAUAACCCAUCGAGAUAGCCACGAAGUUCUCAUAUUUUAUAGGAAUAAGACGUUCUGAAAAUUGUUGAAAAUGGUGAAAUUUGCCAUCAGUAAUUCGAUAUUACAAAAAACCUCACAUUUUACAAAAUUUCAAAGCGAUCAUGAUUUCGAGAAUAUUGACAUUUACCUGAAGGGCAUUUGUAAUUCAAAAUUAUGGUUUUAAAGUUUUCACCAAUUAAUUUAGACGCAGUAAAAAUUUAACAAAAAUUCGAAAAUUAGGCUGGGCGGUUCAAGUAGGUAAUUUUAGUUACCAUAUUUGUAAUUUUAUAUUUUUAUUUAAAUGCGUAAAGUUAUUAUUAACUUAUUAAUAUUUUUUAAGAUUCAAUUCACUGAUGGAAGUUUUUCCUGGAAAGAUAAUAGUACCUACCUAGAUUGUUAUAUGUCGGCGCCUAGAUUAAUUUGAUUAAAUUAUAAUAAUUAAAUUCUAUGUCAUUGAAAAUUAAAACAGUAUUUCGUAAUCAAA